GGAAAGCCGACAGGCGUUGCGUUGGAGAGAGCGGCAGACGGCCCUUCGGCGCGCGCGCUCGCUCCUGGCAGAUGCCAUCCGGGAGAGCCGGAGGAGAAGCACGCUGUCGGCUGGGAGAGCAGCUCACAUCAAAGGAGAGAAAAUCUCUACCAUCAGGCCUGCAAGCAAAAAUCUAAAAGGAAGAAGGAGGAAAAGAGCAAGUCUUCAAAGCCUGAUAUAGUGACAGUCAACAUUGGCACCAUGGCCUCAAACUCGGGAAUUGUUGUUGAUGAUGGUGAGAGCAGCAAGAAUUGUACCCUGGAGAGAUGCCUGAAUGUAUUUCGCGAUGCAAGCAAUGAUAGCGAACAGUUUGCAGCUCUGCUUCUGGUGACCAAAGCCAUCAAAGCAGGAGAAAUCAAUUCCAAAGCCCGUCGAAGGAUUUUCGAUGCCGUCGGUUUCACAUUCCCAAACCGGCUCCUGACUUCCAAGGAUCCCCCUGAGGGCUGCCCCCAGCACACUUUCCAAGCCCUGGGCCUCACUCUGCUGGCCUGUUUCUGUACAGAUCCAGAUUUAGCCCGGCAUCCGCAGAUGCUGAACAAGAUUCCCAUCUUAAGCGACGUGGUUUCUGCCAAGACCAGAGAUGCUUCUUACAGUGCCAUGAUUGAUGACGCCUACCAAUGCCUCCGAGCCAUCUUGGCUACCCCCAAGGGUCCCAGAGAGUUGAUCAACAGGGGGGGCCUCUCCGCCCUCUGCCAGGCCUACGUGAACCACAGUUAUGGCUACGACCAGGCCCUUCAACUGCUGGUGGGGCUCCUGACGUCGGCGGAAACCAAGUGUUGGCAGAGAGCUACUACUGACCUCAUGGGCGUGCUUAGUGUCCUCAGCGCGGAGUUCCAGAAGGCCGAAGACAUGACCAAAUUCCAGCUGUGCGAAGUGCUGGCCCGCUUUGUGCCUCCUCUUCUCCCCCCGGGCUCCGAAUGUCUCUUGCCCCUCUACCGAGGCCUGUCGAGCAUCUUAACAAGCAAGCUAAGCGCCUCCCAGCGAGACCCUGCCUUGAAGCUUUCGGCCUGCCUCUCCCAAGCCUGCAGCUCAGCCUGGAUCCCAACCGGCAGUUCCGGCAGCAAAUUUUUUGCUCUCUUGGUCAACUUAGCUUGCGUGGAGGUCCGCCUGACCUUGGAGGAGCUGGACCUGACGGAAGUGGAUAAGAAGCGGGAACUGAUGGCCGCCUGCUACAUCCUGAUGGAGCUGGCCAUUGUGGAGUGUACCCGUGAGAAAGGCUCUCUCCUGCAAGAGACCCAGAAAGUGCAGCUGGUGGGGAUCCUGGAGGAAGCUUUGGGGGCUGUCAUACAUUACCUGAGACAGGUGGGGCAGAAGAAGCUGGAGGAUCCUUUCAUCUUUGCCUCUGUUCGAAUCCUGGGUGCCUGGUUGGCCGAGGAGACCUCUUUUCUCAAGCAGGAGAUCUGCGACCUCCUCCCGUUCCUCAUUUAUUACGCCAAGGUGCAGUUCGAAGAAGAGAGGAGAAGCCGGAGAAGUGCUUCACAGUCUGAAAAGGAGCAGGCUGGACAAGGCCCCAUCCCAGAGCCUCUUUGGCGGGGAGACGCUCUGAGAUUCCUGUUACCUGGUCUGAGCCACCUGACUGCCGAAGAUCGCCCCCGUGAGAUCCUAAUUUCGGAGGGGGCACCUGUUCUCUUGUGCCAAUAUUUCCUGCACCGUUGGGAGAUCUUUGUUUCGAACACCGAAUCCCAGUCUGCUUCCAAAGUUAUUGAAGCCAGCCUUCAAACCUCCUGCGAGAUUUUCCUGAAUUUCGUUGUCACCGCUCCCGAUCUAAUCAGCCGAGAAGAUUGUUUCUCAGCCUUGAUGGAUACGGUGCUGAAAUCUCUUUCGUCUCUGCUGCCACAGAGGGAACAUCUCAUUUUGAGUGCCAACCUGGCCACGCUGGGGCUAAUGAUGGCCCGGAAACUGUUUGCUUAUGCAGGUCUACAGGGGACUCCUGAAGCAGAUAGUUUCUUCGGCGCUGCCAUCCGUUUCCUCGGUGAUGCUUACGUGGCCCAAGCCAGCACUGAAGGGGGGAUCGUGACCCUUGGCGUUUCGCCCACCUACAAGGCCGCCUGGCCGGCCAUCCGCGAGUUGUGGUUUUUGGGGAUGCAGGCUUUUGCUAGCUGCGUGCCUCUCUUCCUGUGGCUGCCCCAGGACGUCCUGCGUUCUGGCUGGCUGCAGGACCUCCUGGCUUUGCUGGGCCGCGUUAUCCCAUCCUCCGUGGAUAUGGAGGUGGCGAGGGCUUACCAGGGGGUCUUGGUGGAGCUGGCCAGAGCCAGCCAGCCAUGCUUGGAGAGAAUCCAGCAGCACCGAGGUUUGGAGCUGGCCAGUCUGUACGGCAUGGCCGCCUUAGAACAGUGUCUCUCCGAGCAGUGAGCGUGCUCGGGAAUAGGUGGUGGGAGAAAAGUACGUUCUCCCGGAAGUCGCAGCUUCCUUCUGUGUCCUGCAGGGGGCAGCUUUGUGGUAGGGGGAGAUAGUGUAUGUCCGGCCUCUCUUCUUCCCUAAGUAGCUUGCACAAAGUUAUACCGUGUAAUAGGGGCUGGUUUAUUUCUUUGCCAUUCUUUGUAUUUUAUUUAUUUAUUUAUUGGGGGGAGGGAGUUUGUCAUUCUGCCUUCUUUCCAGGUGGCAGAAGACUCCCAAGGCAGCUCAGAUCUAACACACACACACACACACACAAACAAGAGGCAAGCUUUUGCAAAGUUUAGAGAUGAUCACAAAGCAACUCAAAAUCCAUCAAAGGGCUGAUGAUGAUGAUCAUGCAACGAUUAAACUAUCCAGACCCCCACCAACAUAGUGUUCAUUAAAAGAUUGGGGGGGGGAGAUAUGUGUGUGUGUGUUGGCAGGGUGGGUUGGGGGUAGGGGAGUCUCUAAAGCCCCCUUUUUUAAAGAAAAAAAGAAUAAAUAAAUAGCUGAAGAGGUGCCAAAUAUUUGUCGCUCGGAGUUCCAUGAAGACGGGACCACCACUUUAAAAAAAAAAGAGGGGGGGAAAGGGCAAACGAGGUGUCUCCGUGCAUGUUUUGUAGCUCUCUGUGAUCUCGUAGAGUAAUAUGAAGCAAAAGUCUUAACUUGCUGGCAGUAAAAAAAAAAAAAAAAGCAUCAAGCAUAAUGUAUUGCAAUGCACAUUAGUGCUGCUCCGUUGACUCUUUUAACGCACUGUGAAAUGAGAUAGAUGCUUCUCUGGAGAGAGAUUCAACAGAUGCUAAAGGAAGUCUGGAUUAUUAUUUUUUUUUCUUUUCCUAGCGUGAAGAUGUAAAGAUGACCUCGGCAUAAUGUUUGAACCCCAAGUGUCCUUUGCUAACCUCCGUCCUAUUUGGAUAGGCUCCAAGAAUUUCCUUAAGUGUGGGACGUCCUCAAAAAGAAACCAAUUCUUCUCUCAGGUCUCUGUCAUGGUUGAAGCUUUCCUCUCAAAGGAAGAGGGGAAACGUGGCACACCUUUAUUUGAAUGUAAUUACGUCUGUCCCACUUCGAAUAGUACAAAUCUUUCCAAAAUAAUCUGCAGGGGGGAAAAAAAUCAAAUGACCAAGAAUGAUACUUUUCUCAAAAGGCAGCUAGUGCCAAAUUAUAUUUUCUUUGGGUUGUGGCAGGGGAGGGGGUAGGUGGGUGGGUGGGGAGUGAUUUCUCGGAUGUUUAUAAUAAUAACUUGCACACAACAGCGUACACAAAUUUAAACUUUGUGUGAUUUUCAAACUUGAAGGUUGGGUGGACUUCAACUCCCAGAAUCCCUCAGCCUAUGCUGGCUAGGGAAUUCUGGGAGUCGAAAUCCGCUCGCCUUAAAAGUUGCCAGGUUUUGAAAAGCACCGAUUUGAACCUAGAACAAUCAUGAAAAUCUACGGAAAGCAAUCCUGAUUGGGACUGGUUUUAUCAAUGAAAAGCAGGAUAAGAAUUUUUUUUCGUUUUAUUUCUUUUUUUAAGGAAAUCAUCCUACAAAGAAACGGUGAGCAGUCCGGGGGAAGGUGGGUGAAAUACCUGUUUCCCCUCCCUCUCCUGCCCCACCCGUAAGGGGGCCGGGUGGAGGAGGGAGGUUGGCCACUAAAGCAGCCUUCCUGUGAAAAGAACACGAUGGGUUCCCUAGGGCCAAUAUAUCAAAGUGGGAUGUAGACUCUCUGGAUUGUGGUUGUUUGCUUCUUCGUGUUCUUCAGCAUGUGAGCUCUUGCAUGCAGCUGGUAACUAUUGCAGUACCGUGUUCUUGAAUUGGAGGAUGGUUCAGCCUGUGAAGCUGUGGCCUUGAGUUGUUCUCCUGGUGUUUUCCGGUUCCGUAAAUAAAAGUGGUUUGUCUUGUUA